CGCUGACAGACUGUUUGCGUCUGCACACAACGAACGUGGACAAAAUUGUAAAUACGUUCGUCGAAUCAGCUGUCAGAAAGGUGGAGGCAAGGGCAGGCACAAGAAUGUAAACGUACCAACGGCAUAACAACAGUCGGUGGAAUUUAUAUUUAGUACGGUGAGGGCAGAAAAUGUCUCCCUUCAUAAAAACAGCAGCAUGAUACAACGUCAUUUCAGGAGAGCGAGUCGCGCAUCACAACGGAGUCAGUAGCUAUGCAUCUGCUUCUCCGGUGACCGAGGAGCUCUAAAGCAAGAAUAUUAAUAUCAGCGCGAAGUGCGCCGCCACCGCCGACAUAUCUGUUUAUCUGCGGACUCUGCAUUCAUUAUCGUGAAGUCGUCUCGGGGUUAUAGUUUGCAGGCACCAACAGACUGCAUUUGUGAAUGGUUCUAUGGGCCUGCUUUGAACGGAUGUUUUUUUUCUUCCCUAACGUCGCAGUGAACUGCACCAUGGAUAGCGAAGCGCUUUCUCAUCGUGCUCCGCGCGGAGGGUGAAUGGGGAUGAGGAUGUUGUUUACAAAAAGCAGCCAGCCGUCAGCGCACUGAUGCUCGGUCUCCCCGAAUAUAAUUUUUUCAUCUAAUCUUUUAUGACACGUUUGGAAAUUACUGUCACCUCCGUCUUUCCUCUAUGAAGAGGGCAAUGUCAUCGUCAGCAGACCGGCGUGGAUUUGUUGUUGUCUGAUUUUACUACUUGUCCUCUGCAAUUCGACUUCACGCCGUUUAUGUAACUGGGACAGGGGAAAGCUUUAAAAUAUCCCCUGCUCCUGAUUGGUUCUCUAUACCAUGAGCUCUGGCUCCGCCCAGGAUGUGGCGGUGGAGAAUUUCCUGCGUGACAUAGAGAGGCGGGGCCAGUGGCUGCACUGCGCUGUUAUUGGCUGUGAGGAGGAGCAUUCCCGUGGCGACAUGAACCUGUUGUACCGCAAAAGUCGUCUGGACUGGAGACACAGAGAUCAGGAGGGCAAGAAAAGCUCCAACUAUAAAGAUGCCUCCUCUGCAACAGUCGGGAAGGUUCGGGAUCUGGCGUCAUUUCGGCGUCAUUUCCGAAUGGGAUUUAUGACGAUGCCAGCGUCUCAGGACCUGUCGCCUCACUCUUGUGCGGCUGCCAUGGCCCCACGCUCUCAAUCCUGCCAUGCUGUGGGCACCGGUGAGGGAGAGGAGCUAGAGAAUGGAUAUUAUCCAGACUCAGACCCCCAAAACCAGUCAAAUCCAUCCCGCUGCCCCCCAGCCAAGCCUAAACGCCACCCCAAUACUCGUCUCAGCUCUACAGCCCAGCAGGAGCAUCCUUCCCGUGGGGUCCAUGCACCACCUGACACUCCGCCACCUCCACCUCCCAAUCACCCACCCAAACACCCAGAAAAGCGGAAUGCAAUGAAAAAAUCUGAUUCAGGUGAAAUGUCUGGACGGAAGGUUCCUCCAUUGAAGCCCAGACGGAGUCCAAGCACACAGCUCUCCUUUGACCCCCCACCCCCACGGGUCCCGCCCCCAACCACACCUCUUCCUUUUCAGAGCUCUGAGCCCUCACCGCGCGGCGAGGGUGGAGAUGACGAGCCAGUUUACAUUGAGAUGGUGGGCCAGGUCUUCACCCGAGAGACUCAUAGUGCCCCGACUCCUCACCCACUCACGCCCUCUGCCACCACGCCUGAUUCUGACUCAGACCAAGGAGAGGCCAUUUACGAAGAGAUGAAGUACCCCCUACCAGACGACGCGGCUCGAGAAGCCCACCGCCGCUUGCCGCUCAAACAUGAGCGUAUGAAGUCCUCUAAAGCAUACCACUCCUCCAUCAUCUCGUCCUCCUCAUCCUCCACCUCUUCCUCGCUUCCGCGCCCCUCUUCCUCCUCUCCAGCCUGCUCCUCCUCCAAGCCUAAAGCUACCGUCUCCAUCUCUCACUCCUCUCCUCUGCCUUCGUCCUGCUCCUCUGCAUCCUCCACUCCAGUACCCCAAGCCCUCUCCUCCUCACCACACCCUCCCCGUGCUCCUACACCCUUCCUGCUUCCAGGGUCCAAGCCUGAACAUGAACCCAGCUCCAGUAAGAUCCCGGCACCCUUCCCUAACUUGCUCCAACACAAGCCUCCUCUCCUGGCUUUUCCCCAGCCGGCCGCUGCCUCCAGUGGGGUAGGGGCUCAACACAAAGCCAGUUCGGCCAAGAUCAGCGUGCAAUCAGCCUCCAGCCUGCCAACAUCUACCAGCACCUCCUCCAGCACAAGCUCCACCAGCACUUCCAAAGAGUCCUCUGGAGUCGAGAAAGAACGAGAGAAGGAGAGGAGGGAAGGACAGCUGGGACCGACACCGGGACUCAGAGCUCGCAGUCAUUCCACUCCUCUUCCUCCGUCAUCAAAGUCAUCCUCUCCAUAUUCCCACCAUCAUCAUCAUCACCACCCUCACCACAGGCCUUCCCACUAUCACCAUUACCGCAAGCCUGAGAAAGAGAUGUCGUCAGCGGGCAAGGGGUCAGGACAGUCCUCCGCCCAGACGCAAACGCAACCUAAGGAGGGCAAGUCUGUCAGCUUCCUGCUCAAAUCCGAAAAAUCUGAGAGGGAAAGGGACCGAGAGAGGGAUCGUGAUCGAGAGAGAGACCUGAGCACGUCAUCAUCCAGUCAUUCUGAUACCCCCUCCUCAAAUACAUACACACACACUUCUCAAACUGGCACGAGCACCACUCCAACCCCGAGUCAGCCGUCAUCGUCCACAGCAGCCACGCCACCUUCCUCCUCUUCUUCCUCCACUCAGCGCCCUCCGUCUCGCUCUCACAUGCACCGGUCACAUACCCCGCACUUGUCUCAUGGCCUUCCUGCUUACAAACCUCCCCCCUCUGACAGCCCCCUGCUCUGGACCUACCCCUCGGUUGGCUUCCGCCGACCGCCUGCCUACGAUAGCUUACGAGGGGGCUCGCAGUUGCCAUCCUUGCACACAGACCCUACUAAAAUUGGAUCUGCAGCCCAGGCAUUGCAGGCCAAGGCUGGGUUCAUUCCCUGGGAGAGUGCAGCUGCCUUGGGGCUCACAGAAGAACAGGCUUACUGGCCUAUGCACAGAAAAUUAUCAUUCAGUCAUGGGAGCCGAGACACUGAGAAGGAAGAUGGAGGUGUUUGGAAUGGCAGUGCAGAUGCUCUGUUGAGGAGAGAGAGGGAUGACCUAGCAGCCAUGCGGGGUGGCGGACACUCUGGAAUACCUGUGCGGGCAACAGGGAGACACAGCGAGAGCUUGGCUGGGGCGGAUGGACCACCAGGGUUGAGAGGACUGAUACGAGCGGGACUGCCCUUACCCUGCCAAACCUUCCCUGCGUGCCGCAAUGAGUUGGGUCGCCUUGGCAGGUCUUCCUCCACAUCAGGAGUGAGACAAGCAGGAGGUGACGUUCAAAGGCAGAGCAGCCUGCCGGCCAGAGAAGCACUCAACCAGUUCCACGCUCUCUCGCAGGUUCAGUCUCAGGCUCCCUGCAGUCCGUCACUAAGCCGGCAGCAGCAGUACCAGCACCAGCAGCAGGUCCAGCUCCAGUUCCAGCAGCUGGCUCAGCUCGCCGCGCAGGCCCAGGCUCCCAUCAGCGCAGGCACAGCUGGCACCUCCGCAGCUCCGGCCCAGCGUGACGGCAAGCUCCUGGAGGUGAUCGAGAGAAAGCGCUGCCUGUGUAAAGAGAUUAAGGCUCAUCGCCGGCCAGAUAAAAGCUUAUGUAAGCAGGACAGUAUGCCUAUUUUACCCAGCUGGAGGAGAACGCCAGAGCCCCGCAAAACUGGAACGCCGCCCUGCCAGAGGCCGCAGGCUGUGGUGUGGGACACGGCCAUCUGACCAAGGUAGAGAGAGGAAAGGGUAGAAAAUAUGAAAGUCAUGACUGAUAGAGACAGAGUGAGCAGAAAUCUUUUCUUUUUUUUCUUUUUGGGUGUGAAAAGACAAAAUUGGAUUUUCGGGGGAAAUGAGAGAAGUGGCCUUUGAGUGAAGAAAUUAAAAUAAAACUGGAAAAACAAAGCAAGACUGUUUUGCCAAGAGAGAAUAGCAUGAUUUAGAUUAAAUCUCUCUGUAGAAGCAGGAGAAAAAAUGUGUUCACAGAGUGUUUAUGUGCCAUAUAAAUGCAGCAGCCACACACACACUGGAGUCUGAACUCUCUCUGACCUGCUGCAAAUAUAACCUGUGCUGCUGAGUUUACAACCUUUUUGAAACACACUGGAAAUCUUUGGAGCAUCGUAACAUUUGUACUCUAAAUAUAAUCAAUUAGCGGGGAGAAUAGACAUGCUUUUUCCUCCUAGGAUCGAAGAAAUGAUCAAAACUUGAUGCGUAAAGAAUGAAGAGACGCUGAAAGUGGGGCUUUUCUUCAUAUCAUAAACUCUCUGUGACUUUGGACUUGUUUGUUUUUACUGACCAGAUUUACUCAGUUAUGCUGCUGUUUCCUGGGCAUCCACUAGACUGAUGUUUUUUUACAUUCCAGAGGAGUGUCAGAAUGCGUGCGUGCGUGCGUGCGUGUGUGUGUGUGUCAUGGUGAACUUUGUAAUUGUAUCUUUGCAUUAGAGACGUGUGAGGUUGGAUGUAGAUCAGAGGAAAUUCAGACACACAAAGAACAAAAUUGCAAGGAAUACAGGGAAACAUCAAUAAAAUACAAAAUUCAACAUGUAUACACAGAAAAAGUCAAACUCUUGUUAUACAUUCAGACGUGAUGAUGGAAACAAUGAUGAAAGGCUGUGUGGUACUGUCGUAGAUUGUAGAAGAGAUCCAUUUUAAGUGUAAUUACUGCCUAUUGAUUGAGUGCCAAUUUGCUGAGUGCGGUGACGAGUGUGUCUUCGUAUCUGGGGAGUAUAAGAAAAGCUGUUCAGCAGAAGUUACAUGACCUUUGUAGCAAUAUUUGUUAAAGCAGGAGACUGAUCAUUUGGCCCAGUCCAAUACAAAAUCACAAAGAUAACCAAGAACACUUAGGUCAGAUCCGCACUGCAAUAUUUUGCAAGGGCAAAUCAGUUGUUGAAAUUUACUCAAUGAAAAUAGCAACCAAUAAGAUCACAGGAUGAGCUUCAUUACAAAAACUAUCAUAGGAAAAAAAGUGAGGAUCAGUGCACGGGCUGCGUUAACACAAGGUGUCAUUGUAUUCACCUAAAAACUGUCGAACCACCAUAUUUAUGCAUCUGUUUACAAUUAAUCUGUAUCUGAGCAUAUCCGAAGCUAACAUCCAACUGUACUUUUCAGUCCUUUUGGCAGCAAAGUCUCAUAUGUCAAUCAACUGGGGUUGCCAUGGCGUUUAAUAACAUAUAGUGACAUAUAAAAAAGGUCUUUGUCAGUUGUAUCUUAAGUACAGUAAGACUAAGCAAUCCAGUCACCCUGAGAAUAAAUCAAACAAACAAAAACUUUCCACGCUGUCCAACGCUCAUGCAUAUACACACGAACGCACACACUCGCAGCGCCCUAUUGGGAAAAAUGAACAUGUAGGGGCGCUACCGAUGUUGGAACUUUCCGCACAAAACAAAGCGAACCACAUGAUAUUGAGAUUAAAAAAAAACACACACAAGUGUCAAAAUCUGUAAAAUAAACAUGUACAACUGUAUUGAUUAUGUAGCAAUUAUUUCCACUUUCAUACUUGUAAUCAAUAAAUAUAUUGUAGCAUAUAAUGUAUAAAAGUACAAGGUGUUUAAUUGUUUUAUAAAGAAAUUUAGUAGUUUUAUCUGUGGCUACCUGUCUACACUGUACUGAAUGGACCGCUGAAAGGCGAGCCCUCUCUACUAAAGGCACAGUCUCAGACACACACACACUCACACACACCAGUGUUUUUCCAGCUAGUGUCAUGCAAGUCCCUUUAAGCAACUUAAGUCUGAUCACAUUCAUACCCUCAUGAACACACUCCACCUGGCUCGUUGGAAUAUCAGUUGGAUAUUUUUGAAGUACUUCUGCUGCUAUAUUGAAUUUCUACUUUUGCUUACAUAUCCCUCACUGCUGUUAUUUAAUUUCUCUUGUUCAUUCUUUUGAGUGCUCUAUAAUUUUUUAUUUUUUAUUUUUUGGGAGAUCAUGCAAUGGAGUUUUGGGGAGUGGAUCCUUUUGUAACUGUUGGCAAUUGAAUGUUUCUCAGUUGUUGUUGUGGUUGUAUUUAAAAGUUGUUGUUAUUUUUUGAAUAGUUAACAGCACCAACCUGUACAGUUCUCACCCUGGCGACACUACUGUAAACGUGAUGACAACGUUGCAGUGAUGUCGCCAAGGGUUUGACAUGUUGUCACCACGACACCGGGGUUUCACUGCACCACCCAGGUGGCCAUUUGAAAUAGUCUUUAUCAAACAGUACGGAGGACCACAGUAGAGGAGGGCUGGUGCAAUGCAUGCUGGGAAUUCUUGACGGAUUCCCUUAAAGAUUCAGUUCGAGGUUGGGCUGCGUCCCAGUCUAUAUAAAUUGUGCCCAGUUUGUACUUCAGAUAUACUAAAUAAUCAUCUAGUGGCAAUUUAUUAAGAUGAAAAGGGUAACUUAAGUAUUAUUGGGUAAACUAGUUUACAGAAACUGUCGGCUUUGCGUGUCUACAUAAACGGUGGCCAUAUUAUGAGUGCCAUAAUAUAUUGGUAUGGUAAGAUACGGUGUACCUUGGAAUCACUGUAGUGCUAUAUUUGCAUUGAUAUCGUCAUGAAAUAAAUUUUAUAUGAUGAACAUAA